AGACCACCUCGACUACAGACUAGACCUGGACUGCUGCGAUUCGGACGAGCUCGUGUCCAUCACUGUCGAGGACCUCGAAGCCGGUUUGGAGCUCAUUCCCAGGCAGCAGUCACUCUAGAGAACCAAUCAUCCAUUCAUUCAUCGAUCGACGUACAUUUUCGACGCUAUAGAUAGCUACACGACAGCAGUAUUCUUUCGUCACGGACGGCCAUCGACUCGCCACGUGUUUUCGACCGGAGCCACUAGACUGAGGAUAUUUCUCGUGUGCCGGGCGUGUGGCUUCCAGGUUCCAACAACAACAAUGGUGGGGGGUGGCAUUCUCGGUACCGGAUUUCAGCUAGCAGUGGUACCAGCAGCAGUGAGAACUCCUCUUGCAUCGUCGAGGAGCGUGAGAGUGCGUGCUCAGGUCCAGGAGGGAGAAGCAUCAUCGGUGGUGCUCAAUCCCUCUAUCCGAAAAGACGUGGAGAAAGUGGUCGACACAGUGGUGGUGGGAGAGAUCUCCAAGCCGGUGACAGCAUACUGCAGGUGUUGGAGAUCUGGAACAUUUCCUCUGUGUGAUGGGUCUCACAUGAAGCACAACAAAGCCACUGGUGACAAUGUUGGGCCACUCUUGCUCAAGAAAUAGAAUAUUCUUUGGUUGGUCUAUUCUGUCUCUUUUUAGAGUGAAAUAAACCUCUGGAUGAUAUUAUUCUU